AAGUCCAAUUCAUAUUUCCCCACUUGAAAAGUUGACAAAUUUCACAAAAUUCAUCAAGAUGUGGGAGUCUUAAUAGAAGCGAGACUUUUUAAAGCUUUUCUUGUCAAUGCCAGUGCCAUCUCAACGGGUAUAAAUCACAGCUGCGGAAGCAUUUCUUCUUACUACGCGCACACACUUCUUUGCGAUGGCAACAAUAUUUCCCUCAUCACCAACUUUUCCGGGGCAGCAACAACCAGCAGGAGAAGCUGCAGUCGCCAACCCUGAAGCUGUGGCAUCGGCAUCAACAUCAACAUCAUCCAGUGGUUGGCAAUCUUCGGGAUCGAUCGGGCCGUUCUUCGGGGUGAUCUCCGUGCUCACCGUUCUCGCGAUCAUCUCGUGCGUGGUCGGCCGGAUCUACAGCCGGAGAGUCGCGGCGAACACGCCAUUGGAUACCAUCAAGCAGAAAAGCUGUUCGGGGUGGGUCAAGAGGCAGUUCGGCCAGUGUACCGAUUGUAUUCCCGCGAGCGUCGUGUGGGGAAGAAAGGUGGUGAUGAGUUGGAGGAAAGACGGCAAAAAUGAUGAUGCUGCUGCUGCACAACCCCAAGCUUGAUUGAUUUGCAAAAUGGCAUGGAUUGGAGUUCAUUGGUAAAAAGUAGGCAAAUAAAGACAGCAAUCUUUUCUACUGUGAUUGAUCAUCAAAAGAUCCUAUUGUGAUUUUACAGUCCUGGUGUGAUAUGGUCCUCUUGUUAGGACCUUCGUUCUUGGAGGUGAUGCUUAUUCAA